GUGUGAUUGUAGUUGACACAGACUCAGUGGUGAUCAGAGGCCUGACUUUAGACAAAUCUACCGCAGGACUGAAGAAAUACACGGUGUGGGUGUCCUUUCUCGGGACUCCCUGCCGCUGGUCCACCUUACAGAGACAUGGAGACACAGGACAUACUCAUUUUAGAAGAUGUCCCGCCUCUCCUGUCUUCUUCUCCUCGAGCUUCUGUCCCGCUGCACCCUAAAGAUGACCCUAAAACUGUCCCUGGGCCUGUAUCUGUCACUAUCAACAUGGGACCUCCGCCUCCCCCCCCCCCCCCUCCUCCUCCACCACCACCACCGCCGCCCCCUCCACCUCCUCCUCCUCUAUCACGCUCUGCCCUACAACCUUUCAGCUCUCAUCGCAAGUCAAUGAAAAAGCUUAUCUGGGUCCCUCUUCCAACUCAACAAGUCCUGGGAAAGAAAAAUGUGUGGACGUCCAAAAAGACAGAGAGGGACCUGAGACUGGACAUCGAGAGCAUAGAGGAGCUGUUCAGUCAAGUUGACAAACGUACCUCAAUACGCAGGACCCCUGGGCUAAAAAAUGCUGAUGAUGUUGAUAUUGUUAAAGACCCACAGGUUACUAUUCUUGAUUCCAAAAGAAGCAUGAAUAUUGGCAUCUUCCUGAAACAUUUCAAGAGGCCAGUGGCAGAGAUUGUCCAGGACAUUUGUCAAGGAAACUGGCUCAGAUUUGGAUCAGGUAAACUGAAAGAGCUCUGUAAACUGCUCCCAGAAGACACUGAGGUGAAGCAGCUGAUGUCAUUCAGGGGAAAUAUUGCACAGUUACCAGAGGCUGACCAGUUCAUGGUGCAGUUGGUCAAAGUACCAGGAUAUGUGGAGCGUCUGAAGUCGAUGGUGUUGAGGGAGGAGUUUUUUCCUCUGAUGGAGGAGGUGAAGCACUCACUCACGGUGCUCAUUAAUGUAGCCAAUGAGCUGUUGGACUGUGAUGACCUACACUCUGUGAUCCGACUGGUUUUAAAGGCUGGAAAUUACAUGAAUGGGGGAGGACACAGUGCAAAUGCCAUUGGCUUCAGGAUGACUUCUUUACUGAAUCUGGCUGACACCAAAGCGAACAAACCAGGCAUGAACCUGAUGCACUAUGUGGCCAAGCAAGCAGAGGACAUAGACCGUGAACUGCUCACUUUCCCAGUUCAACUUGAACAUCUUGGAAUGGCUGCAAGAAUUUGCAAAGAGGAGGUCAUCACAGAGUUUGAACGAGAAGUCAAGAAGAUUAAAGAAGUGAAGCUUUAUGCCAGCAGACAGCCGGACCUCUUUGCACAGAUAGAGACAUUCCUUAUUAGAGCUGAUGCCAAGUGUGCUGAUAUCGAGCGCAGUUUGAAGCGGCUGAAUUCUGUGACUUCUGCUGUGGCUGAGUUCUUCUGUGAGGAUCCAGACACCUUCAAACUGCAGGAGUGCUGUGCCAUCUUCCACUCCUUUUGCACUCGCUUCGACACUGCGGUACAGGAAAACCGUGAGCGAGAAGCAGCUGAGGAGCGGCGUAAACGUAAGGAGAGUAUGCGUCAGUCAGCCAAACGCCGUCCCACCACUUCCAUUCCCCAGACCAACCAAAACCCCGAUCAGGACCCCGCAGGCCUGGAGUCCAUUCUGCACAGCUUCCUCUCCUCUGUCCCGGGAAGUGUCUCCAGAUCCAGGAGGAACCUAGAGCCCGGAUCCUCCCCCUGUUCCCAGUCCAUCAAAGUGGAGUCCAGUCCCCAAACUUCUCAUGACAGACCGGACAAGAAACAAGUCAAACUGAACAACGAACGAGGAAAAGAGAGUAAGAAGGAUGAGGAGAAGCUGUCAAAGCGAAAGGUGCUGCGUCAUCAGAACAGCAGGAGCAGUCUGGAUGGAGACAGAAGCUCUGGCACUCCACGGCGCUCAGAUCGAUCAAACAGACACCCCUCCACCCCUAGGACCCCUCGAAACAGAGACUAUUUCUAUGGCAACAGCAGCAGUGUAGGCUCUCCAUGGACCAUCCUGAGCCCGGUUUACUGCACGCACCAAAACACUCCAGAUGAAAAGAAAACCUCCCAAAAACGGCCGUCCAUUACAGACGAUCCCGACGAUGGUAUUUGGGAGAGUGUAGAUGUCAGUUAUGUCCAAGAUUCAACUAUUGAGGACAGCAUAACCGCCUCCAUUUCAUGUACACCUGUCAAUUUAAAAUGUAUUUCCCAUGGACCACUGCACCGCUCUGUGUCGGUAGAUGAGUCCAGAAGGUCACCUGCCUCUGCCUUUUGGUUUGGGGACUUUUUUCAGAGAAGUUUCUCACAAAGAUCCUUCUCGUCCGGAUCACGGAGAGAUGCGUUAAAAGACGAUAGUGUCCAACUUUGUAAAACUUCAAAUCCCUUUGAGAAUCAGGGAAUUAAAUCUUUCUUCAAGCGUAUUGGAAAUAGAAACAAACCAGGGGAAACUGAUGAGCCGGCUAUUCUGAAAUCGUGCACUUGAUGAUUACUUUAUGUAUGAAAUCUUAUAAUGUCCUUUAUAAUGUGUUUUGUCUUUUUAUUUCUUUUAAAUGUAUCCUUCAGCAGAUACAAGGGAACUGGGGACUUGCUUUUUUGAAGGUGCCCAUUAUGUUUUUGUCUUUAUCCUUAUGUAUGAAUUAAACUAUUUGUGGCUGUUUUUUAUGUAACUUGUUCAGUCAUUUAUUUCAAAUCUUGUCUAGCCACUCCACACCUUCUUCGUCACCCCUACUCAAAUUUCACUUCUUACCUUUCACUUCAUCUAUUAUUUCUUCCCUGUCUGAGCCUGUGCAAAACUACUUGCCCCUAAAAUAGUGGACACAAAAUACUAGGAUUAGAAUUGAAGUUGAAUUGUUAAAUACUCAUUGUUGCAGCAGCAAUAAAGCCAAAUCUAAAAUCUU